UUCAAUUGUUGAUAAAAACAGAAAACGGACAAAAACAGGAAAACGUCAAUAUUUUUUGGCGCACUAUGAAACGCACUAUGAGACGCAAUUUAAACGCAGUUCGAAACGCAGUUCGAAACGUGAUUGUUGAACCAAAACUUUGGAUUUUGAAUCCUAAAAAAGAUAUAAAAAGAUUCAAGAAUUUUAGAGUGAAAAUGUUACCGAUUGUUCAAUUAAGAAUAUAAAAACAUGAAAAAAGAACCAAGAAUAAGAAUA